CCAGCGACAUCUUCAAUUGAAUAUAUAGACGAAAAAACCAACGCUGUGGAGAAUCGAGAUUGAAAGAUUCACGACAGACCACUCUUCUCUUCCUUUCCUCCGGACUUCUUCAUCUCCCUUUCUUCAUUCGUCGAUUGAAAGAUUAUUUGCAUCGGCAGUUCGAUCUCCAGAAUUCAAGAUGCCGGCUACAGCUGGAAGAGUUCGCAUGCCUGCUAACAAUAGGGUGCACAGUAGUGCUGCCCUCCAGACUCAUGGUAUAUGGCAGAGUGCAAUCGGGUAUGACCCUUAUGCACCCAACAAGGAUGAUUCCAAAACGUCUUCCCAGCAAAAGCCCUCAAACGCUGAACCUGAGGCGGAGAAUGCAUACGCCAGCUUCCAGGGCCUUCUAGCUCUUGCCAGAAUCACUGGUUCCAAUGCUGACGAGGCUCGUGGUGCUUGCAAAAGGUGUGGUCGGGUUGGGCAUCUCUCAUAUCAGUGUAGAAACUUUUUGAGUAUCAAGGAUGAUAACAAGGAGAAAGACCCAGAAGCACUCCAGGCGGCAGUUUUGUCUGGAUUGGAAAAGAUUAAGGGAAAUGGAAAAAUUGGAGUUGGCAGCAAGGAGGAAAGCGAGGAAGAAGAGGAAGAGAGUGAGACUUCAGAUUCUGAGGUGGAUUCGGAGAUUGAAAGGAUUAUUGCUGAAAGGUAUGGUAAGAAGGGCAGUAGUAAGAGGAAUUCAUCUAGGAAGGAGGAGAAUUCUGAUGAAGGCUCAGAUUCAGAUUCUGGGGAAAGGAAGAAAAGAGGAAGGUCAAAGAAAAGGAGGAGUAAGAAGAGGGGGAUUAGUGAUUCAGAGGACGAGGAUGAAGGCAAAAGGAAGAGGAGGAGGGAGAAGAGGAGGACAGGUGAUUCAGAGGAUGAGGAUGAAGGCAAAAAGAAGAGGAGGAGGAGGGAGAAGAGGAGGAAGAGGGAUGAGUCUUCUUCUGAGGAAGAAGACAGGCGGCGCCACAAGAGGAAGAGUAGGAAGGAUAAGAGGAGGGGGAGAAGUCAUAGAUAUUCUGAUGAUUCUGAAUCAGAUGCAUCUGAUGACUCUGGUAAAAGGCACAGGCGAAAGAGCAGGAAGCCAGCAUCACGAUCUGAUUCUGAUUUGAGUGCCUCUGAUGACUCACGAGUUGGAAGGGUUACGAAGCGAUCUGAGAAGAGGAGCAAGAAGCCCCACCAUGAAGAGGACAACUGACCUCUUGCCAGUGAUGGGUUCCAAAGGUGAAUAUGCAGAUCGAGUCACAAGUACGGAGCCAGCAGUGGACCAGUGGUGCAAUUGAAGUUUCAUCGUGGUGUAUUCAUGUCUGAAAACUUGUUUCUAUAAGAUUUCUU